CAGUGUCUUCUUCUUCUCCUUCUUCUUCUCUUUUUAACCGUCACAGACUACAGGACGAAGCUUAGGAAGGAUCAGAGAAAGACUGAAGAAAGAAAUGGCGUCGCUUUCUUUCUCUUCCACGUCAGCACAUACUUUCUCUCUUCACUGCAAUAGCAAGCUCUCUGCUUUCUCUCAAUCAAAGCCGGCCUUGCUCUUCAAUUGCGCUCCUUAUACUCAGACCUCUGGCUCGCUUCGUUACAAUCCUCUCAGUUUGGUUGGUAAUGAGGGAAAGUUGGUGAUGAAGACGAAGAGGAAAAGCAUGGGAUUGAGUGCGGUGUGUUACGCUGCGCCUCUCACUGUUCGUAACCUCCAAUGGAUCUCUACCAUUUCUUCUGCGGUUUUAUUGCUUGCAAAGGGCACUGCUGUUCAGAAAUCCUUUAUUGUUCCGUUGAUUGCUUUGCAAGCCCCAACUAGCAUAAUCACGUGGAUGAAGGGUGAAUAUGGUACUUGGGCUGCAUUCUUAGCACUUCUUGUUCGUCUCUUCUUCUUUAUUCCUGGUGAGCUCGAGUUGCCAUUUAUGGCAUUACUAUUGGUGAUUGUGGCUCCUUAUCAAGUUUUGAACCUUAGGGGAACGCAACAAGGUGCUAUUAUAUCACUGGUCAUUGCAGGAUAUUUGGCUUUCCAGCAUUUCUCACGAGCAGGAAGUUUGCAGAAGGCAUUUGACCAGGGAUCAAUUGUUGCCACCCUAGCCAUCAUAUGUCUCACCGUUGUAUCAUGCUUCCUUCUGAUAUAAUCAUUGUACAGUCCUAAAGAAUAAUCUUAUUAGCAAAAUAUGUAAGUUAUUGAAUUCAUAUGAACACAAGAAUUGAGAACGGUGUAUAUUAAUAUAUCCUUUCUUGCAUUA